AUGACUACCAAGGCGAAGAGCAAGUCGACGCCUCUGCCCACUAUUGGCCGCCAAGGCCCGACAGGGAGCGCGAAGAAAUCAGUGGCGGCCAAAUCUCAAACGAAAGGCAACAGCAGCAUCUUGAGCUUCUUCAAGAAAUCCGAAGACGACGGUGAUGCUUCAGGUCUUUUCGUCGAGGACAGAAGUCGCGGGCAGAAUGUUCGGCAGGAACGUGAAGUGGUUGCACUUUCGGGGUCGGACGAAGAGGAGGACGUGAGUCGCUUCAAUGAGUCCGUAGGCUCUGUAAAGCGUCGAAAGAUGAGCGGAGUGGAAGCCAAGGACACUGCGGUAGUGGAUGAGCUGUCGUCCCAGCCUGAUCCUGUGACCAAGCCCCUUGCGCGGAAGUCAGGGCCAUUCUUCGAAGAGUCGGACAGCGAGCAAGAGGAGGAAGAGCCGCAGGCGGUGAUAGGUGUUGGUCUUGGGGUCGGAACACCCAUGACGGCUGGUGAAAUGCCACGUCAGGCAUCACCUCAGCAGACUGAAGUCUUACGAGCGGAAGCUUCUGUCGAGCAAGCUGGACAGCCCGCAGAAGACGUCUCCUCGAGGCCGCCUCUGGUUAAAGAGGAAACAAGCUAUGGACCAGAUCUUGAUGACUUCGCUGACUUCGAGAACAUGGGCGAUUUUGACGAAGAUCCUUUCGAAGAAGGUGAUGAAUAUAUUGAGCGAAAGUACAUGGAAGAGCAGGCGAGGUUGGAAGAAGAUGACGAAAAGGAUUACGAUUCUCUCCCGGCAGAGCAGGAAGGGGGAACCGUGGAUUCGGGCGGAAGUACUGCCUGUCCCAUCUGUAGUGUCAGCUUGGACGGCGUCAGCGAGCAGGACGCUGGGGUGCACGUGAAUAACUGUCUUGAUGGGAAUCCUACGCCGUUACCAGAAAAGAAACCGCCAUUGCUUCCAGCGCCGGAAGCCAAGCCGCAGAACGUCGCAUCCGCUAGCCAGUAUCGACGACCCGCACGCACCCCCAAACCAGGUCAAGCGAAUCCCUUCACUCUAGGUCAAGCUCCAGGCAAAGAUAGUACAGGAUCUGCGUUCAAGAGGCUCAUGUCAGGCCACGCUGAAGACGCCGCCUGGGCCGAGGCUGCUGCUUCUGAGCGAUCUUCUCAUGGAAAGCCCUCAUACCAACGAACGUGCCCUUUCUACAAGAUUCUUCCCGGUCUGUUCAUCUGUGUCGACGCAUUCAGAUAUGGCGCUGUGCAAGGAUGUCAGGCGUACUUUCUCAGUCAUUUCCACAGCGAUCACUAUGUUGGGCUCACCGCGAGCUGGAACCAUGGGCCCAUAUACUGCUCUAAAGUCACCGCGAACCUAGUUCGCCAGCAACUUCGAGUGGACCCGCAGUAUGUCGUACCCUUAGAUUGGGAGACACCGUUUGAGAUACCAGGCACAAAGGGGGUAAAAGUUACAAUGAUAUCUGCAAACCAUUGUCCAGGCAGUUCUCUCUAUCUAUUUGAAAAGAUUGUUGGAAAGAAGCAUAAUGGCGAGCCUCGACUGCAGCGCAUUUUGCAUUGUGGCGACUUCCGAGCAUGUAGGAUGCACAUUGAGCAUCCACUGCUUAUGCCUGAAGUUCAGGACAAAGUGAGCGGCAAGUCCAAAGAACAGAAGAUCGACGUCUGUUAUCUUGACACUACCUAUCUGAACCCGAAAUACGCAUUCCCAAGCCAGGAAAACGUCAUCAAGGCCUGCGCGGACAUGUGCGUCUGCUUGAGCAAAGAUACUCCAGACGAGAAUGAUGGGUGGGAGCAGAUGAAGCGACAACGUGCUGGAGAAGGAAUGGCAAAGUUCGUUCGCAAAGAGUCGAACCCCGGGGUCAAAGAAGAACCAGCUGAUGAGGAGACCGCCGAUGAUGUAAAACUUGAGAAGAACCCACACGCGAGUCAGCAGAUCCUGUCAUCAGUAAACGAGAAGAAGAUGCGAGGCCGACUGCUUGUUGUUGUCGGCACUUAUAGCAUCGGCAAGGAACACAUUUGCCUUGGUAUUGCCAGAGCACUGAACUCCAAGAUCUACGCUCCGCCGUCCAAGCAGCGUAUAGUGGCCGCCUUGGAAGAUCCGGAGCUAGAUGAGCGCAUUACAAACGACCCUCGAGCGGCACAGGUGCACAUGACUCCUCUGUUCGAGAUACGAGCCGAGACGCUUGAUGACUACCUCAAAGACUUCUUUCCGCAUUUCACGCGUGCGGUUGGUUUCCGGCCAAGUGGGUGGAAUUAUCGACCUCCGAUCAGUCGCUUCACUGAAAGCCCUCUUGUGCAGACCGUACUGCAUUCCGACAAUUGGAAGAGUACGUACAGUAUGAAAGAGCUAGUUCCGCAGCGCGGCAGCUCGAGUCGAGCCAGCUGCUUUGGGGUGCCGUAUAGUGAGCAUUCGAGUUUUCGAGAGCUUACGAUGUUUUGCUGCGCCCUCCGUAUUGAAAAGAUCAUCCCUACCGUCAACGUUGGAAGCGCAAAGGGUCGAGAACGGAUGAAGGCAUGGUGUGAGCGAUGGGCGGCUGAUAGGAGGAAGCACGGGCUUUACAAACUGCCCGGGGAUGGCUCAUGGUGA